AUGAAAUUCCCAGGAGCAUUUGCUGCCCUUGUGCUUCUGAUCCUUCUUGCCUCAACUUCAGAGGCUGCAAUUUCAUGCAGUGAUGUGAUCAAGGACUUGAGGCCAUGUUUGAACUACUUGAUGAGUGGCAGUGGACAGCCACCAGCUGCAUGUUGCUCAGGAGCCAAGGCUCUUGCCUCCGCUGCAUCAAGCUCAGAGAAUAAGAAAGCUGCUUGUGAGUGCAUCAAAUCCACUUCCAAGGGUAUCAGCAUAAACUCACAAUUGGCUCAGGCUCUUCCAGGGAACUGUGGAAUAACUCUUCCUGUGGCUAUCUCUCCCAAUGCAGAUUGUUCCAAGUAA